CUUCACUUGUCGUACAUUAGUCUCAACACAAGUAUAUAAACAGAGCUCUCAUUCACACACUUUUAUACUUUGAAAAAAGUUUUGUUUCACUUUUGACUGAAUAACUCGCGAGUUAACUAUCACUAACAAAAUGCCAGUUGACUUGUAUUACAGUCGCUAUAGCGGGCCAUCCCGUGCCGUAUUGAUGACUAUACGACACCUUAAUAUCCCCGUAAACCUCAAACGCGUUCACUUGAAUGAAGGCGAUCAUAUGAAACCGGAAUACAUCAAGAUGAACCCGGCGCAUACCGUUCCCACCAUCCAUGACAAUGGAUUCUCAUUGUGGGAAAGUCGAGCCAUUAUGCAGUAUCUGUGUAACCAAUACGCACCGGACGGUCAGCUCUACCCUCGAGAGCCUAAAAAGCGAGCUCUGGUCGACCGGUGCCUCAACAUCGACAUGGGUUUGGGCCCACAAAUUGGCGAACUUAUGAGGGCUAAAACGUUUGCCGGAGUGGAUCCGCCACAAGAUAUGGUGACAAACCUGAAGAAUAAUCUGAAGGUUUUGGACGUAAUAAUUGGUGCAAAUCAUUACGUGACGGGGGAUGAGUUGACAAUCGCUGACCUGUCACUGUUAGCCACCGGAACAUACAUGGAUUGGCUGGAAGUGGAUGUAAGCGAAUUUGCCAAUUAUAAGCGAUGGUACACCACUGUCCACAAGGAAUUGCCGUAUUUCCAUCAAAUCAAUACCUUCUCGCAGGAGGAAAGGGAGGCUAUGGUUGCGAAGGGUAGAGCAUAUGCCCUUAAAAAAUAAACUUUUUAUAUACAUUGUAUCAAGUGAAUUCCAGAUAUUAAAUGUAAUAUUAUAUAUUAAUGUUUGCUUUAAAAUUUAAAUAAAUGUAUUGUAAAGUUAUUAUGCAUGAUACGUUAUUAUAAAAUAAUAUAAUAUAAUUAUCAAAUGAAUGAAUAUUAUUGGUUUUUCGG